UACUAUAUUAUAUUAUACAUUGUCAGUAUAGAUGAGUCAGUUAGUCGAUUCGUAAAUUGGGAAGUACCCAUUAAAGUAAGCGUACACCGAGAAAUCUCUUCAGUGCUGGUCCUUCGCUGUUCGUAUUCAAAAAAAUACCUAAUAAUUGUCUCUGUUGUUUUCGUAAAAUUCACCAUAAACCAAAGAAUUGCCACAUCCUGCAAAUCACAAUAUGGCUGAGACUUGUGCGAUCCCGGAUUGUCAAAAUAAUUCGAAGAAAGUGUCGUUAUUUCUAAUUCCUCCUCCGAUAAGAAUAUAUGGUGGAAUAGGAUUAAAGUGGAUACAACUGAUACGGCACGUCUAUCCAAAUUUCUCACCAGAGAACAUAUACCGUCCGAAGAUAUGCAGCGAACAUUUCAAAGAAAAAAAUUUCAUACCCUCAGACAGGUCGAUGUUAAAAAGUUUUGCGCUUCCAACCGUGUUUAACACUGUACGUCACUUAUAUGUCGACAUCCAUCGGUGGCAGAUCAACAAUACUGCAGCAGGCAUGAAUUCAGCUGCACAUGAUAUGUCAGUGAUCAGAAAUAAUACAGGCCACACAUAUUCAAUAGCUGAUUGUGUUUCAGUGCCAUCGGUGCCAAACCCGUCUAACAAUACCAUAGAAACGAGACCCACGACACAAAAUGUAUCCAACCCUACGUCACUCACUAAUCACGCAGGCCUCCAAGAACAUUCCAAUCAGACAGUCGUGACGUCAUCUAGAUCUUUGCGAACAAGAAAAAGAAAAUUUGCAUGUCAUUACUGUAAUGCAAUAGAUUCAGAGGUGUAUAACAAACGUAUAAAGCGUAUCUGAGUACCUGCUUCAACAUAUAUGAGUUAUGACUAAAAAUUAAAAAAUAAAAUUGAACAAUA